GAAAAAGAGAGAGAAAAGAGCGCACACGGACACCGUGGGUCUGACUUAACCUGAAAGUAGCGUAUGGUUCGCCGCCGCUCAUACCGUUGAUUUUUUUAUUAUUUUCGGUUAAAAAUGCCGACAGUUAACGUUAAACGUGAUUUGCUGUUCAAGGCUCUUGGAAAAACCUACACCGACGAUGAAUUUCAAAAAUUAUGUUUUGCAUUUGGGCUUGAAUUGGAUGAAGUCACAAGUGAGCAACAAAUGAUAGCUAAAGAACAAGGAAUAGAGCAAACUCAAGGAGCAUCUGAUGAAAUACUUUACAAAAUUGAUAUUCCAGCUAAUCGAUAUGAUUUGUUGUGCUUAGAAGGUUUGGCUACAGGCCUUCUUGUAUUUUUGGAAAAAAUACCAAUCCCUUUCUAUAAGGCUGUUAAACCAAAAAAUGUACAAAGGAUUGAAAUGAAAAAAGCUUGUUUACAAGUAAGAGGACAUAUAGUAGCAGCUGUGUUACGAAACGUUACCAUCACACAAAGUGCUUACGAUAAUUUUAUUGAUCUUCAAGAUAAAUUACAUCAGAAUAUCGGUAGAAAACGUUCAUUAGUAUCAAUAGGUACUCAUGACUUGGAUACUAUUGAGGGCCCAUUUACUUAUGAUGCAAAACCUCCAAAGGAUAUUCGAUUUAAACCAUUGAAUCAAGAUAAAGAAUAUACUGGAGAGGAAAUAAUGGAUUUAUAUGCGCAUCAUGCCCAAUUGAAGCAGUAUUUGCCUAUUAUUAAAGACAGUCCAGUUUAUCCAAUAAUUUAUGAUAAGAAUGGAGUUGUAUUAUCAUUGCCUCCAAUCAUUAAUGGAGAUCAUUCAAAAAUAACCCUCAAUACUAAGAACAUAUUUAUUGAAUGUACGGCAACUGAUCUUACAAAGGCGAAAAUUGCAGUUGACACAAUAGUUUGUGCCUUCAGUGAAUACUGUUCUUCAAAAUACGAAGUAGAAAUUGUAGAAGUCAUUUAUCCAGAUAAUAAGAAAUUUGAUAGUCCAGAUCUAAAAUACAGAGUCGAAAAAAUAAGCAGUAAACGUGCUACAAAUUAUGUAGGAAUCAAUCAGUCACCAGAACAAGUUGCAAAGCUUCUUACAAAAAUGUCUUUAAAGACAGAAGUAAAAGAUGGUGAUGAAUUACAUGUACAGGUUUCUCCUACAAGACACGAUAUUAUCCAUGCAUGUGAUAUUUAUGAAGAUGUUGCAAUUGGUUAUGGUUAUAAUAAUAUUAAGAAAACUAUUCCUAAAACUCCAAGUAUUGGCAAAGAAUUCCCUCUCAACAAACUUACUGAUCAAUUGCGAGAAACUAUGGCUAAUGCUGGUUUUACAGAGGCCUUAACUUUUUCACUGUGUUCUAGGGAAGAUAUUGCAGAUAAACUUGGUCAUGAUAUUAAAAAUGUGCCUGCUGUUCAUAUUUCCAAUCCAAAAACUCUAGAAUUUCAGGUGGGAAGGACAACUCUUUUGCCUGGUCUUUUAAAAACUAUCGUUGCAAAUAGAAAGAUGCCACUUCCUAUGAAAUUAUUUGAAAUCUCUGAUGUUAUACUACGAGAUCCUAAGGCAGAAGUAGGAGCUCGAAAUGAACGGCGCCUGUGUGUGGUAUAUUACAACAAAAUGGCUAGGUUUGAAUUUGUUCAUGGAGUUCUUGACAGGAUAAUGCACAUCCUUGAAGUUCCAUGGCAUUCAAAUAAAGAUAACAAAGGAUAUCAUCUUAGGCCUUUAGAAGAUCCUACAUUUUUCCCUCAUCGCUGUGGAGAAAUAGUAGCAUAUGGAAACGUUAUCGGGAAAAUUGGAACUCUUCAUCCUGAUGUGCUUACUAAAUUUGGACUAACUAUUCCUUGUACAUCUUUAGAGAUCAACAUUGAACCAUUUUUAUAAAUAGCAUUUGCCUCUAGAUGUCUUUGUUGUUUUUAAACAUCGUUUUUUGAUAUAUUAAAAUUGUUUGAUAAAUUGUUGUAACAAAUUGAAAUUUAAAACGCAAUUAUACGUAUUUAUUUAAUUAUUUAACUAAUAAAAUGGAAAUAAAAAUUUAAAAUUUCAUAAAAUUUUUAUAAUAAAAAUAAAUAACACGAU